AUGUGGGUGUACGCUUUGCUCGGAUGCGUACUGAGUGGGCUCCUCGACAUCACAGCGUUUUCCAUCAACACGGAUAAUCAGGUCUACGAUCCACAGAUAGCGCUAAAUUAUGAUGGCUGUACCGUGGGGAACGCGACAUACUUCCACGGCGAAACGUUCAAACUCGAUUGCCGAACGCAGUGCGUGUGUCAGAAUGGACGACACGCGUGCUCGACACUGUGUCCACACGAGAACCUGCCUCCGCCCGUCGACACUUCGAUCUGCGUUGCCCCGAAGCUCGUCGAACUUCCGGACCACUGCUGCCGGGUGUGGCUCUGCGAGCAACCGGCCACCGAUGUGAACGCCACCUGUUACAACUCGUCCACCAGCGUGUGGUCGGCGUGUUCGCAGAGCUGCGGCAUCGGCACGUCGACCCGGAACAUCACCACCACGCCCGGCUGCCAGCGGCUGAGCACGAUACGGCUGUGCGAGAACCAUCGGUGUGCGCGGUCGGACCAUAAUUACUACGUCGGCGGCGGCGGCGGAGAGUACGUCGCCAAGUCCGGCAUCGACGGUGCCCAGAGCCGCAAGCACCGACCGUACGAGGGCAGCACCAGUUAUGCCGCGAACGGCGUGGCGCUGCUCGCCGAGAGCGAACACCGGCGACGGAAGGGCCACGAGUGUCGAAGCAUCCAGCGGACGGCCGCGUCCCGGUUGCGGCUCGGGCCGUGCGUUUCGCGGAAGCUCUACCGACCAAAGUCCUGCAGCCUGUGCCGGGACGCCAACAUGUGCUGUGUGCCUUCAAUAACCACCACGAUUAAGGUGGAGCUACUGUGCCCUUUGAACUCCGGCGAUCCGUUCGAUUUCAUCGAGCACGGGUACGACCUGUGGGACAGUGCGUCGAUUGAUCCGCUCGACCAGGAGAUGCUGCAGUCGCGCCAGAUACAUAUCGAGAACCAGUUCGUGGACGUGCAGUGGGUGCUGAAGUGUGAAUGCGGUCCGAAGAGCAAAAAUUGUCACCCUCGCAGUGUGCCCCCCUCGCAGACUGCAUUCUCUAGCGCGGGCAAACCAAUCGAGGACACACGGCACCGAUUGGUACAAUUGCCGGACGAUUCGGCCGGCGUCAACAAUGGUCAACUGGCGCCACCGACGGCACCGGGAUCGAUCGGACCGUCCCAUCGCCGUCAGCAUCGGGCGAAGGUGCAUCGGCAGCACCGGCACUGGGAGCAGGAUGCCGGACCGGAGGAGCUACUGAAGCGAGUUCAUCGAACAUAA